AUGGGAGAGCAAGGAGAAGCGAACAUGGCUCAGAUACUUGUCAACAUUCAGGCUCAACUCACAACCUUAACAAAACGUAUGACGCGGAUGGAGCAGCCCCAACCUGCACGCAGAGGGCCUAUCCGAGGUGUGAAUGGAAAUAGAGCAAAUCCCGAAGAUGAAGACAUGCCAGACUUGGAUGAUGAUCCUCCACCAGACCCUGACCUUAAUCAGAGACCAAGGAGACAACACAACCGUGAGAGCACCCGGCGACGAAUCUGCGGCAACGGCGGCUCCGUCGAAGAGAUCGAGAUCUGGUUUGGUUUUUCUUAUAUAACCAAUUUAAUGUGUUUUUUAUAA